AUGUAACCGGUUAAGUUGUCUGCUAUUUGGGUUUUGACUUCGCGUUAGCUAUGUGGCCUCAUUUCUCCGCUGCCGCCUGGACAAAAUCCCUCAUUCAUGGCCCUCCACCAUCCGUUGAGGAAAAAGUGGAUAAUUCUGAUGGCUGGGGAGCCCUAGCUCGACAGUGGGCUCAUCAGCGUAGUAGCCAAUUGCAGCCUCAUUACACUAACAACGUAGCUCUACCUCCUCCUCCUCCUCCUCCUCCUCCACCUCCGCCCCCACCACCCCCUCCUUCUCCGCCUCCGCCACCAAUCGCUUUUAUACCAGCAACUCAAAUCCAGUCAAAUACAAGCAACUUAGUUUCCAAUGCAUCCAGAGUUGACUCCAGCCACCUAUUAAUCCAAAACUCCCUAUUAUGUGCACAAGAGAACCCCCUUCCCUCACAAAGUAUGUGCUCAGUACCUGAAAAUCAGGGGGCUCCACAGAGUUCUUGGUCUUCAUUCGAAAAUUCCAGGGUCUCGCAAAAUUCGUGGUCUACAAAUAGCGGUCAGGCAUAUUCACAGAAUUUGUGUACGGCACCUGGAUAUCAUGGUCCUCCUCAAAGUGCUUGGCCAUCCUAUAAUAAUCAUGAGCGUUCCCAGAAUGCUUGGCCUUCACAAGCAAGUUUACAAAGCAAAUGGUCGGCACAUGAAAGUCACUCUUAUGGUAACCAAGUUCCACAGGGAUAUAGUAAUACCAUUUCCCUGACAGGUCCUUCGUCUCAAUAUUAUGAACAUAAUCACCAUCAAAUCAAUUAUCCUUCCAGUGAAAAUUCAAACAAUCCUGGUAUACAUUGUAAGUCUUAUGAGGAACAGUAUUACAGUGUGGGGAGUGGCCAUACGGGUCAAAACACACGCUAUCAAAAGAGAUGGACUAAAAAUGAUCAGGGUGAUUGCGAUUAUGGUUCUCACGCUUCAGAAGUUUAUGAUUAUAACCAUUCUUACUCUCUUGAAAGGUCAUUUAACUCGUCAGCUGUCAGACCGGCUAAUCCUUAUAACCAACCCUAUCCACGUUCUAACCAGAAUAAUCGUAACAUGUGGCCUAGAAAUCCCGAGUCUUUCCAACCCGUAGAAAGCUUUCCUCCACCUGAGCAAUUCAACGAUAUGCACCUUCACCGUCCGAGUUAUCAAUAUCAAGAUGAACCUAAAUAUAUUCCUCUCAGUGAAGAUACAUCGGUGAAUGAAGGUAAUCAAUUCCGUGGAUGUCAUGAUCACGACUACCGCAUAACAAUACAGAGUCCUACAGUUCCGUCUGGUAGUAUGGAAGAAAAUUGGAAGGAUGUGGAUACUCGUCCUAUUCUGCCUAGCGACAGUGGUCACACAAGCCCGGCAAUAUUUCCGUCGGCUAUUGCAAAUAAAGCCUUGGCUGAUCCUAGACCGAUUUCGCUUAUCCCAACUCCCAUUAUUGAAUCUUCGUGUAAGCCCAGAGGUCGUAUCACACAUCUGCCCGUUCCGGAACACCUAAUGACAGCUUUCGAGGAAGCUGCUGCAAGCACUGGAGUUUGGCCUCCAAAAAAUUUAGAACCAGAACAAACCGGAGGUGGUAAUACCAAACCUCGUGCUCUCCCCGCAUGGCUUCGUGAUGAAUUAGAGAAAUUGGAAAAGAAAAAAGCUAAAGAACUGGCCGCUGUAUCUGGAGCUACUGUUUUAGGGGCUGCUCCUGAUGCUAAAAGGGAUGAUGAAGGUGAUAUCGUUAUGGAGGAUGAAGCUAAAACUGAUGUCCAAACACUAAAAUCUCUAUUGAACAAUAAUGAGGAAUCAGAUAGUGAUGUCAAAGAACAGGGAAGUCCUUUUGAUGUCUCAAGUAAUCCUGUUGGUGACCUCCAAUCCCCGUUUUCAUCUCGAAGUCAACCUCCUGCGGAAUCAGAGGAAAUCUCAAACCCUGAAACUGCGGUAAAACAACUAACUACAGAUAAUUCUCAAAAUAUUUUACCCAACACUCCUGCAUCAUUAACGCCUACACAUCUGCUAUCCCUUCAAGAAUUUCAUGAGUUGUUCGCAUCACUAUCGGACGAAGAACAAAGGACUGAAACGGCUCGUUUUAUUACCCGGACGCUGACUGAGGCUCUACUGGCUGUUACAACUGAACUCAUUGACGCCAUAGUAGAAGAAGUAAUGACAGAAGCGGUUUCAGGAAAAUCGCAUGUUCUACCAUUAGAAGACUCUCCAUAUGUUGAGAUAAAAUCCCCAAUUCUAGGGUUAGUCUCUUAUAAUAGUGAAAGUGAGUCAGAAUCUGAGCAAAACGUGCUGGAAAGUAAACUACCCACAAGUAAUAUAUCAGGUAUACUACCAGGUGAUGUUCCUGAUGAUGUAAAGCAUGAUUAUACAUCACAGAAUAGUCCUAGUAACGAAAAUAAUAAAAUUGUCACUGAAAGUGGGAAAUUUCAAACUCUACAAGAAAAGUAUUAUGAAAAGCAAUCUUAUUCUUCCAGCAUUCAUCAGAAAUCUUCUAAACGCCAUAAAAAUAAAAAAGAAACGGAUACGGCCGUCACAAUUUCACGUUCGCAUUUCAAACAUUCACAUAAAAGGAAAACAAAUUCACGGUAUUCCCAUCGUAGUCGUAAGAGGGAUUUUCGUGAUUCGUCAACAGCUUCUUCAGAAUCUUCAAGUUCGAAUCAUGGGAACCAAAAAGUAGGACUCUCUCGAUUCAGUCGAUCCUCAGAAGAUCACAGUGAUAAUGUUCGGUCACCAAAACCUUAUUUUACGAAGUUCAGUCAUUCGAAACAUUCUCAUCAUAAAAGUCAUCAUUAGAUUUGUACACUUUCCUGUACUAAGUGUUAACCUGUCUUCGGUUUGCACUUAUAAUCUUUAGUUCACAAGUGAGAUUUCAGACAGGUAAUUUAUUCAUUUGGUAAGUGAAUUUUAUGACUUUCAAAUCAAACCUAUUUCUUCAUGAUUGACUUAACAAUAGUAACAUGGUAUUUUAUUCAUCAAAGUUACUGCAUUAACUGUAAGAUACAGUGGAUCUGAAUUUAUAUAUUAGUCCACAGUACGCACUUUUGGAAAGCAACAUUAUACGCUUCAUUUUGAGUUGGCAUACAAUAUCUAUUCAUUUUUAUGGUGUUUGUUGUUUGGUCUAAAAGUAAUGUUUAAGUUCUAGACACAUCCUUUUUUUGCUACAGUUCUUACACUCGUUAUCUUCGUUUUCUCAACUAUAUUUCCUUGACACUUCCUUGCAAAUGUUCUCAAUGUCCUCAAAUAAACUGGUGGUCUCAUACAGGUCUCCGUGUUCCGGUACUGAAUAAUGCCACCAGUACAAUUAGACAGAGUAUCGUACAGUUACUCUUACGUAUAUCCCUCUUUUUCUUAUGCUUAUUCUGUUCAACCUACUGACACAAUACUCCAAGUAAAUCUUAAAACAGAGUAGCUAUUUUUUGAAACUUAUUGAUUUCAACCUUCUUUCAGUCAGUAAUUUGCUUUCCCAAUUUAUCGUCGAAUUUGUCUUUGCUUUUCAGGUAUGGAAAUAUUCGGUUUCCCAACAAUCAACUGUUAAUAUGAUCUUAAUUUCUUUUUCAUAUAAAUCUGUGUACAAAGUACGAAUCAUUUGUCUACUUAAAAAUAAUCUACUGCCAGUCUCCAUCUUAUUCUUUGUCUUACUGAUUGUGCUAGCUUUAGUCGUAACGUGAACAACAUCGAUUUUCGAAUUAUUUUUAACUUUGAAAGUAUACAACAUAAUUCAGCUGUUAGUCACGCAGAUUGUCUCGAAUGUGUAAAGUA